AUAAGUCGAUGAGUUCUUUGCCAACUGUUCCAAGAAAGCGGAGUGGGAGUGGUUUCUCAGUGCAGUAUUUAUUCAGACACCUCUGCAUGCUCCUCAGUCCUCUGUUUGCAAACAUGGCAACACACUUCUGCAAGAACGCCGAGGAGAGUCCUGAGCCCCUGAAGGCAGAAGUCAAAGGGACUAUUCCCAGCUGGCUGAAGGGCACCCUGCUGCGCAAUGGUCCUGGCAUCUUCUCUGUGGGGGACACCAGCUAUGAGCACUUCUUUGACGGCAUGGCCAUCAUGAACAGCUUUGCCUUUAAAGAUGGUGAAAUGACCCACAGGAGCAGAUACCUUAGAAGUGACACCUACAAAGCUAACAUGGACUCCAACAGGAUUGUUGUGUCUGAAAUGGGCACGAUGGCGUAUCCAGACCCAAGCAAGAACUUCAUUUUCAAAGCGAUCACCUUUCUCAACCACACAGUUCCUGACUUCACUGACAACGGCGCCAGCAAUUUCAUCAAAUACGGAAACGACUUCUACGCCACCUCUGAAACCAACUACAUCCGCAAGAUUGAUCCUGUGACCCUGGAGACUCAGGAUAAGGUGGACUACCUGAAGUACCUGCCUGUGAACCUGGUUUCAUCCCAUCCGCACUACGACAAAGAGGGCAACGUGUACAACAUUGGGACCUCCAUAGCUGAGAAGGGGAAAACCAAAUACGUCCUGUUCAAAGUGCCUGCAGUUUCUCAGACAGACAAACAGAAGAACGUCCCUGCACUGAAGAACGCGGAGGUGAUCUGCACGGUUCCCUGCCGCUCUCUGCUCACACCCAGCUACUACCACAGCUUCGGCAUCACCGAAAACUACAUCAUCUUCAUCGAGCAGCCUCUGAAGCUGGACAUCCUCAAGAUGGCCACUGCGUACAUGAGAGGAGUCAACUGGGCCAGCUGCUUGAAGUUCAGCCCUGAUGAAAAUACUCUGAUCCACCUGAUCGACAGAAAGACGGGGAAAGAGGUCGAGACCAAGUACUACACCGGAUCCAUGAUCGUCUUCCAUCAUGUGAAUGCUUUCGAGGAAGACGGUCAUGUGGUGUUCGAUGUCAUCGCCUACAAAGACAACAGCCUUUAUAAUAUGUUCUACUUGAGUAAGCUGAAGGACAACCUGGAGUUGGGUGAAGACUACUCCAGGCCGAACUACAGACGAUUUGUGCUCCCCAUCCACCCAGACAAGGGCGUUGCAGUUGGAGAGGACCUGGUGAAGCUCAAAUACACAUCAGCCAGUGCUGUGAAGGAGAAAGAGGGCAAACUGAUGUGCCAGGCUGAGGUGCUCUGUGAAGGUUUGGAGUUACCCAGACUGAAUUAUGACAUCAACGGCAAGAAGCACCGGUUUGUCUACGGGAACUUUGUAGAGGACUCUGCUCUGUCGAGAGAGGUUGGGAAGAUAGACACAGAAACCAAAGAAAAACUUCGAUGGAGUGAGGACAACUGCUGGCCAUCAGAGCCGAUAUUCAUCCCCAGACCAAACGGAGAGGCAGAGGAUGAUGGUGUGGUCCUGACAUCAGUUGUCAACUCCAACCCCGGCCAGUCCUGUUUCAUUCUCCUUCUCGACGGCAAAACAUUCAAAGAAGUAGCUCGAGCUUAUGUGAGUGCUGUGCUCACUAAGGAUUUGCAUGGAUUUUUCAUCCCCCAAUGAAAUCAGUCAGAUGUGCGCUGCAUAUGUUAACACAGCUUUGCGGAACUUAAAAUAAAUCUAUAGAAAUUAACAACAGUGUCAGGCUUUCAGGUAAUAAUGUGCACGGUUUCUUUGAACACCUUUCCUUGGAAGAUCACACUGACUGGAUGAAAACAAGCUUCUCUUGCUGUGCUUGGUUGAUAUUAUGCAGAUUUAUUGAUUUUGCACUGAUCACAUCUUUGCUUAUGCUAUGCUUAUGUAUAUUUAUGUGUAUAUAUAACAUUGUUUAUGCUGUCUACAUUAUUGCUAUGACUGUAAGAGUACUUGUGCUUAUACUUUUCAUUUAAAAAUAAA